GAAAAGCAGGAGGCGAGCCCCUCCGGUCGCGCGUCAGCAUCCCCUCAAAUAGGAAUCCGCUGCUGUCACUUCUGCUCCACAUACUGAGAGACGGACGGCUGUAACCAAGAAACAACAAUUAAAGGCCAACUCCAUUUGGCAUGCAGCUGUUUUUUUUCAUGUGAUGUCAACGGAGAAGAGUAAGGUGAGGCUGUGAGGACGCUGGAGCUUUGCAAAGAAUGAUAGUGAGGAUCAAGGCGCGCUGUCCCAGGAGAACUCAUCUGAAGAGCUGGCCCUGAGAGACCGGGAUGCUCCUCUAACGCAACGGGGGGGCGAGUUUUCCUGAGCAGACGGUCUGUGAGGCAGAGUUUUAGCUCGAGCAGAAGUGAGUGAGGAAGCGAGAGGGAGUGGAUGUCAUGGAUGAAAGUCAAGGGACAAAUGUCGAGGACCCCACCUACCAAAAUUUGCUGCUUCUGGGAGCCAUCGCAGCAGCAUCCGCCUUUGUGGUCACCAUCCUUAUUGUCCUCGUCUGCGUUGGCUGCCAAAGAAAAAGCAAGAGCAAGCAUCCCCCAGCCGGAGAGAAAGGGACAUCUGUAAAUAUGCAGGGCACCCUUCGACACCCAAAACUGAACUCUAUGAGCAAAUCUGACACCAGGCUGCAUGAGAUCAAUCGCUUUCCUUGCAAUGGAAACUCUGUUAGUAAGAGCCGUCCAGCCAGUAUGGACCUCUUGCUCCUCCACAGCCGGCGCUCCCAGACAGACCUGAGGCCCUCCCAUGGGCGCCAGCUUCCCCAGAUCCCCACCAGUCCCCAGGGGUCUAGGGGAGGGGGUGGAGGAGAGGCUAGAGACCACACCUACACAGAGGUGGGCCUGCGGAACAACCCCACCCCCACCCAUGGCCUGGAUGACGGCCUGUACGAAAGCGUAGGUGUCCGGGAAGGUGACGCGGGCCCCAAAGCACCAUCUGCCCCGCCACCGACAUCAGCCAACACUCCAGCUACAAUCAGAGCCACCCAGAGCCCCCCAGCUCAGGCCAACGGAGCUCGCAGCGGGAACGGGAACGGUGGCAGGGGGAAUGGCAGAGGGAAUGGCACCAUUAACGGGCCGAUGUCAGGAAGAGGUAAUGGUGCGAGUGGGGUCAACAGGUCUCCUCUGUCUUCUGUCAACUCCCUGGCCAUCCAAGAUCCAACUGCAGCUGAGUAUGCUUCCAUACGGAAGUUCAGAAAGGCUGACAAGACAAACAGGAAGGAAAAUAACGGGGCCGACAGCCAGUCGGACAGCCAGUCGAGCAUGAGUGAUUCACCUUCUGCGGCUCCUCCUCCACUACAUCGCAGUCAGGAGUUUCCACGCAAACCACUGGAGCCGUUUCACCUGCACUCCUUCCCAAAGGAGGCAGUGUUCAUGGGCAAUGGGGAGCAGUACAUCUGGAAGCCUCCAGAAGAAGAUGAUAUCAUCACCUUGCACCCACCUCCACUCCGCGGAGAGAAUGGACAGGGGCACCCAUCGCCCCCAACUGCAAAGGAGAUUGCAGACACCUACUCCAUCGUGUGUAAAACCCAGAAGAAGAAACCGCCUAUGGAAAACAACGGGUCAAAGACCCUCCCACGCUCCUUUGGUGGAGAGAGAAACGUAGGUUCACGGGGCCGAGGCCGAGGCGUCCAGGGCCAAGCGCGUUCACAGGAGGAGCCCUGCUAUGAGCCGGUAGGAGACAGGUCCUGGUCCACGUGUGCAGUGGCCGAGCCUGACCCCGCAUACGCUACUAUCGACACCCACCGGAAACGCGAGCAGGCGGGAACCAAUAACAGCACAGCUGGGGGCAGCGCCACUCUGAAGAGGAAGAAACAGACGCCUCAGCAGCAGGCAUCCCCAGCGGCACCUCAGGGCUCAGGACCCACCGCCCUGCCUGUUAGAGGCCUACCUGGUGGGGAAAACUUCUAUGAGACUAUCAGUGAUGUGAAACAAGGGGCCAAUAGCUCCAGCACCACCACCAUCUUCACCUUCAAUGAUGGGAUGGAGAUGUACGUCACUGGCCUGUAGCCGGCUGACAGGCAGAAAGGGCCCAGAACCCACUGGUACAGAGUCAUAAAAGGGACCCUGCUGCUCACCGGCCAACAGGUUGCUGUACAUAGAUACAAGGCCCUCUAUAGACAAACAACAUGAGGAUCCAUUUUGUGAUGACAUCAGGUACAAACAGGGUCUAAAUCCAGGUUCAGACUUCCUUUGAUUGGUCUGUAUUUCAGAACCAGCCUAAGCCUAGUCCAGCCCAAAUAUGGACCAAAUAUGUUUUAACAAAAAAAAAAGAGAGAGAGAUAAGAAAACUGGAAUAUACAUCUUCAACCUACUGUGUCACUGACCAUACUCACCUGUUGUGCAUCAUUUUCCAUAAUAUCUUUAUUUUUAUAUGAACACUGUACUCUUUAAAGAGUAUGUGGAGUAACUCACAACCUUUAAUAUAUAUUCAAAAAAAUAAUUGUGCAUGUAUUGUGCAAACACGCACCUGAAAAUAAACAGUAGUAGCAAGGGAACCAGGUAUAAAAGGAAUAUGAGGCACACUGUUAACUAUUGUCACCCAUAUACACACACACACACGCACACACAUACACCUCAUCUAGGGGAGGCUUAUGUAAUAUAAGCAGAUGGAUGUCACAGGUAUUUGCGGUACUUAACUCGCUCUAAGCAAACAUCUCAAACAGGUUCUCUGUGCGCACUGGCCAGUUGCUUGGCACACAGUAUUGUGGAGCUUUGUUCAAACAUAGGCCUAGAAUUUGUAGGCCUGCUUAAACACAGAAGUAAUUCAAGGUUAUAGUCCCCAUUUCACAAUUUAUCAUCAAUGUGCCCUAAACCUAUAAGCAAUCCACACAAUAACUAUAAAAAGUGACUUUUGAUCAGUAAUUUAGCUGUCAAAUAAAGUAUGAGAUUAUUUAACGUUCCACACUCAGAUGACAAACAUCUGUAGCUGGAGGCAUGACACAUGCUAACAUCCCCACCCCUCCUCACCCCCUCACAGAACACACACACACGUACCUGGCAGAUUCAUGCAAGGUAAAGUGAGUCAUCAGGACAUCAAGUGGGUUGUUCAAGAAUUUCCUCAGAGUGAUAUGGGUGGCAGAUUUCACAAUGCCAGACCUAUAUUGUAUUACUUUAAAAAAUAUAUAAUAAAUGAGAGAAGAAUAUUUACAAAAAUAAGGAAGUAAAAGAGUGUCCAAAUGAAUACAGGAUGCUUCAUCCUGUUAAUAUGUCAUGUUCUUUGGGUACUGUAGACAUCUGAUUUUAUAAGCAUUGUAAUUAUGCACUGGACAGGACUGGUUGGCUUGAUUGUGCAUUAACAUGCUGUAAAGGGCGUUUCUGAGCUAAGUUCUGAUUCGCUCUCAGGUCUCAAGUCAAAGCCAGAGUUCCCCGUAGCUCACCAGACAGAAGCCUGGUGGUUGAAAUAGCAACAGAGGGCUUGGACUCCAAGGAAAAUAAAGAGCUGUGCAUAAAAAUUACUUGUGAGUGUCCUUUGGGGGGUUGCCCCUCACCCUUUCCCCACCCUCAUACCCAGCCUCGGAACCAAGUUAUCUUCCAUUACAAACAAUAUCUUUCCCAUGUAGCUUUGGGGAACAUUAAAAAACAAAGAAGAGAGGAAGAAAACAAAAUAUUAGAGGCUUAAUAAAGAUAAGAGGUGAAGAGGGAUGCAAACUGCUCACAGGCUGAGAGAUGAAGGGUGCUCACUGUGAGACAACCAUGCAAAGAGAAGACGGGUUUAGAAAGGCUAGUAACAAAUUUAUAAAUGCUACUGUGUCAGAAAGUAUGUAAAAACAAAUGCACUCUGUGUUUUAAUGCACUGUUUAUUUUUUCUUACCUACUGACAAUACCAUUGGUUCAAUAGCUCAUGCCACUGCCAUGAAAACAAUAUGUUUAUGUUGUUGGUGCAAUUUUUUCCUGCUUGAUCAAAAAAGUGCAUGCUUUGAUAUAUGGAGAUGAAAACAAAUAUUGUGGUAUUUAAAUGAUCUCUUGUUUGUUGAUCUUUUCCGUUGUACUUUUUUCCCAUGUGAUGCAAAGCAGCAUUCCGUUUUUUUUCCAAAGUAACAAGUUGGAGGAGGAGGUAAAAGGAAUAGAAAGAUAGAGAGAAGCCAUUGGGAGUUUAAGGGAGAGCGCUGUUUCUGGGGGAGCAAGAAAGAGCGUUAGAGGUGAGGAGGGAGCAGAAGACCAGCUAGUAUAAAGCUGGAUGAGGAUCACUGCAAAUGGACACAUACACAAAGGACCCUCCUCCUGCCGAUAUGUUUUUGCGUGCGUGCACACACUGGCAGGCACACACACACACACACACACGCACUGCAGCAUUGAGCCAUGUGCAUUUAGGGGAUGAAGCACACUUUCCUUCCACUUGGUCAGCCCUUGCAUAUACUCCCUCCCCCAGCUGUGCUCAUCCUCCAAUAACCGACACAGACCUCUCUUUUCUUUGCUUCACCUCUCUUUCUCGCUGUGCAGGGGAGGGGCCUUUGAUGUCCAGUUCUGAAGGACUCAGGGAGUGAUAUGAGGGUUGGCGGGGGCGGGGGGAGGGUCACGCCAACCCCAGUCUGAUAUCAACAAUGCACCAACGGCUCAACUACUGCCUGAUAUGAGAAAUGGCUAACAGCUGAGACGCUUAACAAGCUCUGUUGAGGCUUCCCUUAGACAAUGCUGGCUGGAAAUCGCUAUCACACGUAAUCCUUUUUCUCUGGCUGUCACUUUAUGUGUCACAUUUUCUUUAUCCUGAGACAAAGCACUGAUCUGAUAUAUUUUGCCGAACACUGUUAUACACUGAUCGAGACAGAUGUUCAUUGCACAAACAAAUACAGUAUGAUGAUGUAAAUGUGUAAAAUACUCUGUUGCUGUUCUGAUGUUGUUCCAAUGUAACAUACAGUAUACAGUAUAUCUGUUGAAAAAAAAAAGAGAUGGUUAUCACAGACACAUUGUACUUUGUGGAUGCAAAAUGUUUCAUGCUUUCCAUGCAGAUACAGAUGCUGUUUGUUAAUUGUCUUCAGAUAUAAUUAUGGGCCAAUACUGCUGUGACAGCUGUAGCCAAUGUUGUAUGUUCUUAAAGCACAGGGUUUAGUUUAAAAAUAAUAAAUAUAAUAAAAUAUAGUGUGACAGUGCAGAUAUGCAAAAGAUUGUAAUGUUUUAUAUUAACCUUCAUAAAAUAUUAAAGUGAGUUUUUACUUUUCUAAUAAAGUGGCACAUUAUAACGUG